AGGAAACAAUAUGGCGGAUUGAUCCGAUCAGACAGCAUGCAAUUAGACGAGGAAGAUAUCGAAAAUCAAAAGCCUCAGAAACCUUGUAGCGGCCUUAGAAAGGAACUGAAGGAUUGCAUUUUAGCAAGUGAUUGUGUAAAAAAGUUUGGAUCCAAACCCAAUGACUGUUUGAACCCUGAUGCUCAAGGUAUUAAUGAGAACUGUAGAAGGGUCCAGUAUGCAUUCUUUGAGUGCAAGAGGUCACUGUUAGAUUUUCGCACCCGUUUCAGGGGAAGAAAAGGAUACUGAUGAAGGAACACAGGAAUGUUGUUUUUAGUGGAUUGGACAAUCAAUAAAUGUUACCUCACAGAGAAUGUAAAUACUCAAAGAAUCGUGAUUGAAACAUCUUGAAAUGUGUUUUUUUCCCCAAAGCUAUAGAUUUUUUGAGGGAAAAAUGCUGAAAAAAUGAGCAGUUAUUUUCGUAAUAAAAAAGUCUUCUUUUGAAAAUAAAGACGAGCAUAUAGUAUCACCAAUGAAUAAAUGGGUAAGUUACC